AUGGCAGGCGAGCAAUCUUGUUCAGAGUGUGGAUCAGUGACAAAAUACAAGUGCAUAACUUGUGAUAUGUUUGUUUGCAAUCGUCCAAUGUGUUCUGUGGCAGAGAAAAACGAGGACAUUGCAGGCUGGGUGGCAAAUUCCAGCGUUUCUUAUUGCAAUGAUUGUUUUUUUCAAACGAAACCACUCAGCGAAGACUACGAACUGGAUGACGAAGAUAUUGAUGAAGAACAUGGGCUAAAUGCCAAAAGUAAAAGGAAAAAUAAUGGAAGAAGAUCUUUAUGGAAAUCAGAAUACGUCGAUGAUAUGGUUGACAUUAUUACAAGCAGUGAGAACUUUAAGCGAAAGCUGAUGUUUACAAACAACAAGAGGGCGACCAAUGGCGAAGUUUAUAGUCAAGUGUUAGAACAGAUAAAAGAAAGACAUGCUCUGUUCCCUUUCACAGUUAAGCAGAUGCGAACCAAGUUCAAGUGGUGUAUAAGUAUGUGCAAAAAAGUUGCCUUGACUAUACAAACAGCCACCGGUAUAAAGAGAUUUGUUGAAGAUAAAGGAUAUGGUAAGUGGUUUGGUCUCUUGUUUCCAUUAGUAAAAAGCAGAGAUUCCUGUUAGCCAGAACAAGCGAUUGAGCCUUCUACCAGCACAGCCACGAGACCCACAAGUUCACGUUCAAGAUCCUCCAGCACUGGUGCUAGUUCUGUGGAUGACUUGGAAGAUGGUGAAGAUAAAGCAGAGGAAGAUGUCAGAUCAAAUAUGUUUGUCCCCAUUAGAAAAAAUAAAAAUAAAAAUGAGUCGGAGCCAGUAGGGAAAAUAUUGAAGAUUUUGGAAACAAUGGCUGAGAAUGAUCCAACCAAGGAGCUUCUGAAUUUCAUGAAAGAGGAUGCUGAGAAAUCCAGGCAAAGCGAGAUGGAACUUGUGAAGCUUUUGGCAAGUCAGAAUAAGGAACCACCACAUUCACAUGUACCACAGCAAACUGUACCCCAGGAGCAUUUUACCUUUGGACCACAACAACAGUACUUUGAGCAACUACCACCACAGCAUUGGGGAAAUCAACAACACUGGGUUUCUCAUGUACCACAAGAAGGUCAAGAGAUCAACACGUACACAAAACUUUGA